AUGCAUAGACCGGACAGUUAAACAGAGAUAAUCAACACCUAUCUCAGAGAAAAAAUAAAUAACCCUCUUAUUUAUGAGGAGGUAGAAUAUGAUAAGUCUGAAUGGGAUAACAUACCCUGGAUUAUUCCUAGGUAUUGCAUUCAUUUGUCCAAGCAUUUGGAAUCGUUAACAGAACAUUAUAAGGAAAAAUGCUCUGAAGAGACAACCAAAGAACUUAGAGAAUCACUUACUGCUGAUAUUUAAGUUGCUGAAAAUCUUGUUUAUUAAGAGAAGCAUGAUCGUGAGUAUAAUUGCUAGAGACUAUAAGAUGAAAUUAAAAAAGUUAAAGAUGAACUAGGGGAACUUAAAGAGAAACUUUAGAGAGAGAAAUUUGAUUGUGUUAUGAAAGCAAGAUCUGGAUUAGUUGAAAAUUUAGUAAAGGAUGAGAGAGAAAAAUAGAGAAUGGAAUUUGAAUCUCGGAAAUUUUUAUAGAACGAUACUUUCUUGAACAAAGAUAAUAAAGAUUAUGUUGAGCCUAGACAAUUUUCAAUCUAUCAAAUAAGAGAACUAUUCUUUUCAUUUGAUAAUAAAAAAGAAUAUCAUGAUCAUCUGAAAGAGUACUAUAGAGUAUUAGAACAAGAUCAUGACUCAUUGACUUUUUUAAAAGAUAAAUAAAAGCACAUGCUUAGAGAACUGGAUGAUAAUAAAGGAUUUUAAGACCUAUGUAACAGCAAAUUUGAGAAAAACAAUCUUAGAUUGACUUCUUUAAAUGAAAAAUUUGAGGGUAAGCUUGAAAAUAUGAAGCAAAAAUUCGAAUAACUAGUAAAAGAAAAUGAUAAAAAACUAUUUGACCUAAAAGAUUCCAUGAUGUAGUCAAUUGAAGUCACAAAGCAUCACAUAUAUGAUUAAAUAGAUUAUGUGAAAGAUUAAUAGACACAAGUCAUGAGAUAGGAGCUUGACUAGUAUUCAUCAAAAAUAGAGGAAUUUAAAUAAAAACUAGUGGAUAAAAUGCAUCUUUUAAAUACAAAGACAAAGGAAAAGAUCAUUAAAAUAAAGGAGAUAUGCUCUAAUUUCUUCAAAAGUUAUGAGGACUCUUUAAUUCAGAUGAAAAAUUAGUUUGUUGAAGUUCAUGAUGCUUUUCAAUCUUGGAAUCGGAAUGUAGUCUAGCCUAACUAAGUAAAAGAGGCUACAUUAUAUUCACUAGAGCAACAAUUUGGAGACUUCAAAAGUUAAGAUGUGCAUUUCAGAGAAAGAUCUCAAAAUCUUAGAAUGCAUAAAAGUUAGAAAGUAGAGUUGAACUCGUUAUCUCUUAAGUAGCAACCAAGUGGUGGCUCUCCAUCUAGGUAACAGUUUUUUAAUAGAGAGCAAGAGCUGAUUGAUAUAGAAGCAGAAAAUGCUUCAAAAGCUGCUGAGCUUCUUCUGGCAAAGAGACUCUUAUUUUUGCGUCAGAAAUUGAACACAGUAUCUGAAAAGUAAAAUGAUGAAAACCUAUUGAAUUACAAUGAUCCUAGUGCUAUUAACAACAAUAAGAGAUUGAUUGCUGAUGACUCUUAUAAUAUACUCUAGAAGUUUAAUAAGAAAAAGAGAAAUGACAAUAACAGAUUUGUGAAAUCAUAGUAGGUUUCGCCUAUAAAUUCAGGAAGUUAGAGUGUUAAUCUUGGAAAUUUGAAUUUCUCUUAGCAAGCCCAAAUUGUUUCCUCUAAUUUGAAAGUACCUCCACUCCUAGGCUAAAUCAAUAUUUAAGAUAAUAAUAUUAGUGAGUUGAUCUAGAAUGUAAAUAUACCUACUAAUAUAAGUUCUCAAAAAAAGAUUAGUGUCAAUAUGGCUGGUAUUAAGCAUCUUAAUCCUAGUGAUAAUCUUCUUAGUUAGGAUAUUAAUGAAAGUUCAUUGCAAAAGAGUUUUGACAAUACUUCCUCUAAGACCUAAAAAUUAAAAGAUUCAAGUAGAGAAAUAAACCAGCUUAAAAAGACUAGUACUUCAAACUUGAAUCUAAAUAUUAAUGACAAGAAAAAUAGAAUAGAUAAGCUUAAAAAUCUUUCCUUAAGUUAAUUUGAGAAGAGUAAAUUCAUAUCAGACUUUGAUGUAUAAAAGGAAGACGAGAAGUUAUAAUCAAAAAUGCAGAAAUAAAAUAGCAAGCUGCGGCUUAAGAAUCUAGAUUAUUUUGGUGCUAUUGAUAACAAAGUGAAUUUCGAUCAAUGA